AUAUAGAAAUCAAAAUACAUCAGGUAUUCUACUUUUAUAGUAACAAUUCAAUUAAAUAAUAGAGAACGUUUACUGAAUUAAUAAAAGUAUGGGUUCAUUGGAGAAUCCACUUGUGCAUUGUCAUAUAUUCCGUGAUUUAUUAAAAAGAAUAGACAGGAUUCACGGGGAGCUCGUUGACCAUGAAAACACUCUGCCAAAAUGUGAAGUUUGUUGGGAAAAUCACACUGAAUUUAAUUCCAUAAAAGCACAACUUCUUAUUAUUGUUCAAGAGAAUGUCUUAAUAAAUAAUGAGGAGGCACAUUCUUCUUUAACGACUUCCGAAUCCAAGGAAAUAAAUCCAGUCAACAUGGUAGUUAUCAAAGAGGAGCAAAAGACAGAAUCCACAGAUGAUGAUGAAGUACAUAAUAGCGAAGUUGAUGAUACUGAUAAGGAAUGGAAUCCAUGGGAAAACAAUACACAAUGCAUUAACGAAACUACUAAAAAGUACAAAAUUUCGUGCCCUGAUUGCUUAAGAACAUUUUGUGGAAGAAAACGCCUAGACAAUCACAUCAUAUUUUGUGACAAAAGAAAACACAAAAGUGAAGCAUCAGAGAUGAAAAUAAAAAGACUGGAAGAGCUCAAUAAUGAUGAACAACAUGUUAAGGAAUUAUAUGAAUGCGAUCUCUGUGGCAGUGAAUUUUCCGCCAAGAGCCAAAUAAUUUCCCAUAUGCAAUGUCAUUUAAAGUCUUCGAAACGAAAAACCAAGGAGGACUCUCUUAAAGAAAGUGAAAAUCUAACAUGCCACAUUUGCUACAAAAAACUAAAUACAACUAGUGGUCUUAAAAGACACAUAAAAUUUCAUGAAAAGAAGGAAAAUCCUGGUCAUAAAUUUACGCGGAGUAAACAAAAAAAGCAAUAUUCUUGUGAAUUUUGCAAAAAAUCUUUCCGAUAUGUUGGAGCGCUGGAAAGACACAAUGAAGUACGUGAUAGUUCUAAACUUCAGUGUGAAACGUGCAAUGAAAGAUUUUGUCAGGAUACAGAGCUUGAUAAUCAUCUAAGGACAGCUCACAAGGAGAAGAUUUAUUUCCAAUGUCUCCAUUGCGAGGAGCAAUUCACGAACUUUAGAUUAAUUUAUAAGCAUCACAAAGUAAACCAUCCCAACUUAUUGGGUCCUACUAAACCCUUUCUAUGUGAUACGUGUGGCCUUGCAAUGAUCGAUUCGCGGGAUCUUAAACGGCAUAUGAUGAUCCAUCGCGGCCUAAAACCCCAUAAAUGCGAUGUAUGUGAAAAGACAUUUCGCCUAAAAACGGAAGUUGAACAGCACCGUCGAGUUCACAUUCCUAGUUCAGAAAUUACAGAACAAUACGCAUGUCCUAUGUGCCCAAAGAAAUUCCGCACAAAUGUUACUCUCUGGCGACAUAAGCGUAUUCACACUGGACAAGUGAAGGAAACAAUUUGCCAUGUAUGUCGAAGGCGUAUUACAAAUCCAAAAAGUCUCGAAAUUCACAUGCUGAAACAUGCAAAUGAAGGGCCCAGAUUAUUUAAAUGCGAAGACUGUGGUAGAUCAUUCAAUAAACUUAAAUAUUUGAAUCAACAUCGUAAAGAUGCCCACAAUAUCCUUACAGAUUUGAUGUUAAAUCCAAAACCGUCUAGAAAGAAGAAAAUAUAGUUUUUAACUUGUUUUCCCUUAUAUUGUUAUCAUUAUAUUUUUUUUUAUUAUUAUUUAUACCUUUAUUUUAAAUUAAUUUAAAUUAGGAAAAUUAUAUACAGAAAAAAAAAUUAUGAUUAUUGAUUUUUUAUUAUUCUAAGUAAUUAAAUCUUUAAUUUUUAUAAAUAAAAGUAAAUAAUUAUAAAAAAAAAUCUUGUUUUUUAUUAUCCUUAUUUUAUCGACCCUAACACUCUUUGACAAUUCUCAAAUGUUCACAUUGGCAUAUUCACCAUCUAUUACAAUUCUGUCAAAAUAAUACUUUUGUUUUAAACAAGUAUUUUUUUGUAAGUUUAUUAAGGAUUUAAACGUAAUAAAAGCUAAAAAGGUAAAAAUAUGGGUUCAUUAGAGAAUCCUCUUCUUCAUUGUCAAUCAAUUAGGGAGUUCUUCAAAAAGCUACGCAUUUUGCACAGUGAACUUAUUGAUCAUGAAAAUACUGUGCCAAAAUGUGAAAUUUGUUGGCAAAAUCAUGCCGAAUUCAGUUCAGUAAAAGCACAAUUAUACCUAAUUGUCCAAGGAAAUGCAUUCUCAAAUGAUAAGAAAGCGAAGGAUAAUUUGUUGGAGGAGAACGAAUCAGAAGAUGAAGAUUCCCAAAUACAACCUGUUACAAUGGUGGUCGUAAAAGAGGAACAUGAAAUAGAGGAAUAUUCUGAUGAAGAUCAAAUGUACAAGAGUGAUGCAGAAGAUACCGAGAGGAAAUGGAAUCAAAGUGAAAGCAAUAUCGAACCGUCUACUAAGGGAUCGAAACAACAAAGGAUGUCAUGCCCGAUAUGUUCAAGAGCAUUCCUUCAACAAAAAAGGCUGGCUAAUCAUAUGUUAGUAUGUAAGAAACAGCGUGGAAUUGGACAAGAUUUAGAUCAAAUUGUUGAAAAUGACGAUCCAAAAGUUAGUGACGAAUCUAACAAAAAAAAAUUCGAGUGUGCUUAUUGUAGUAAAAAAUUCUAUGAAAAAUCACAAAUUAUUACUCACAUGCAAAUUCAUGUAAUGAUAUCUGGAGAGAUUGAAGAUAGAACAUGCAAAAUUUGUAGCAAAAGAGUUCAUACAGCAGGUGGUUUGAAGAGGCAUAUGAGAUUCCAUGAGAAGAAAGAAAAUCCUAAUUAUAAAUUUAAACGGAGUAAGAAAGAAACACAAUAUUCAUGCAAUGUUUGCAAAAAAUCAUUUCGCUACCCAGGAGCUUUGGAGAGGCAUAUGGAAAUCCGUGAAGGUUCUAAUGUAAAUUGCAAGAUUUGCGGUGAAAAAUUUUGUCGGAAUUCAGAUCUUGACAAUCACCAAAGAAUAGUUCACGAGGAAAAGGCAGAAACUUAUCAGUGUCAUUACUGCGAAGAACAUUUCAGUAAUUUCAAAUUAAUCUACAAACAUCAUAAAAGCAACCAUCCUACUUUAUUGGGUCCUACAAAACCAUUUUUAUGCGACACAUGUGGUCUUGCUAUGAUGGAUUCUGCACAUCUGAAGCGGCAUACAAUGAUUCAUAGAGGAAUAAAACCUCAUAAAUGCGAUGUAUGUGAUAAGGCGUUUCGCUUAAAAGCAGAGCUAAAGCAACAUCGUAGGGUACACAUUCCAGCUUCGGAGAUUGAAGAGAAAUAUGCAUGCCCAAUGUGUCCUAAAAAAUUUCGAACCAACGUUACCCUCUGGAGACAUAAACGUUUUCAUUCUGGUAAAGCUGUGGAGUCUUUUUGUCCAGUUUGUAAACUACGAAUAACAAAUCCGAAAAGUUUAGAAAAACACAUACUUAGACAUGCAAGUAAGGGUCCACGAUUAUUUAAAUGUGAAGAAUGCGAAAGGACAUUUACUAAACUUAAAUAUAUGAAUCAACAUCGAAAGGUCGACCACAAUAUUUUUACACAUUUAAUGCUAAAUCCAAAAUCUUCCAGGAAAAAAACUUCAUAAAAUCUUUUUUAUGUAUAUAAAGUUUAAAAUAAUUUGUGAAUCUUAAUGUAACAAAAUAAAAUAGAUAAUAAAAACUUAUAGAUAUGA